UAUUCUUUCUCGCUCCUAGAAUAUGAAAAGGCACAAACCUAAAUUCCAAGAGCAGCGCCGUUUCAGGGACCACGAGCCUCACUCAAAGCAUGGUUCUUAUCCUUCUACCACCCUUUUUCUCCUGCUUCCAAACUCUUCCAUACCAUCCCUUUCGUUGCAUUUUCCUUCAUUAAUAAUCAGUAAUCAGUGUCUCUCCCAAACAUACAACCUUUACUCUUUUCUUCAAAGAAAGACACAUUUUUUUUAAUUUUAAUUUUCUGGGUCAGAGAGAAAAUGAGUGAUUGGGCACCAGUGUUGAUCGGGGUGGUUCUGUUCGUGCUGCUUCAACCAGGGUUGCUUUUCUCCUUUCCUGGGAACAGGGAGCAGCUUGAGUUCGGUAGCAUGAAGACCAACGGCAAAGCCAUUUUCAUCCACACGCUCAUCUUCUUCGCGCUCUACUAUGUCCUCAUCCUCGCUGUUAAAAUCCAUAUCUACACCAGCUUAACCAAUUCCCAGGAUCUGAGGUGGAUGACAAGUACCAAUAUUCAUGUCACAACAAAGAUAGCCACGUUCAUGGAUGGGAAAACGCUAAACUACAGGUGCCUGAUUUGAAUCAACUGUUAAACUUGGUAGAUUGGAUGAAGCAGGUGGGUGAUGUUGGGAAUGUGUUCAUAAGUAAGCACGGGGACUUGAGCGUGCAGGUUUUAACCACGCUGUUCUUGACCCCGGUUCUGGUUAAACUCCAACAGUCUUCGAUCUUGUUAUGUGUAAGUUCUUUUUUGAUAACCUUAGAAAUUCAGUUGAGAAAAUGUCAAGUUGAUUAGUGUUUAUAACAACUGCUGUGAUAAGCUUUUUACUAGCAUAUCAUAUUAAUUUCUUA